AUCUACUAUUGUUUCACGAAAGAUUAAUAUUAUAUUCUGCAAAAGAAAAAAAAGCCACACCUAGUACUGUCGAAGUUCUUAUCGUUAAAUGUAAUCACCCUUCCCAUACAAUAUAUUACUUUAUACUUUAUUAUCUAUCAAAUGAAUCUUGUGAAAGAAACAAUAUUUAAACCAUAAUAAUUUAUUGAUGAAAGAUUCAUUAUGAAUGAACAUUAUCAAUAGUGUAAAAUAGAACCAUCAUCUUAAUCAAGAUUAUAUAGAAAUGAACUAAAUCAAGUUGGCUAAUACUUAAUUAUGUAAAUGACAAGAUUGGUACUAGAAUCUUGGUAGGACAUGAAUAUUCUAAGUUCAUGAGAAUUAACAUGACAGCUUGAAAGAAUUAGUUGUAAACUUCAUAUAACCGACAAGGUCUAGAUCGGACAGAACGUGCGUCCUGAAUUCCUUGGCUAGAAACGCUCAGCUGUGCCUAAAAAUGCUUGUGAUUUUGCGACAAUAGCAUGAAAAUCCGUGAAGGAUGCACAUAUGUCAAAAAUGACUGAUCUAUUACAGACCUAAACAUCAAUGAGAAUAUCUAAACAAUGAAUACAAAUGAAUAUAUCAUAACAUCAAUGAUAAAAGGAUUGACGUAUAUUAUUGUACAGCCUAUUUGUUAGUCUUAUGUUGUUCAAUCAACUAUUAAGCGAGAAUUGGAUUGAAAUAUGACGUGUUGUUUAUUUUUCAUUACGAUGAUAUGACUCUUAUUCUUCUAUUUAUUAUCUUAGUUUGUCAGUGUUUAUUUUCUAUUCAUUCAAAGGAAACUAUGCUUGACACAUUCCAGAUUAAUCUUGAAAAAAGUGAUAAUACUAUACAAACAUUCAAGAAUACAAGUCAAAAAUGUAAAGUGUGCUCUAGUUUAAAGAAGGCAUCAAUGAAUAAUGGUAUUGAGAUGACUACAAUCAAAGACAAGUUAAAAACUUUAUCCAUCAUGGAUAUGUUCCGCCGACAACAAUCAUUACCCAAUAUACAUAGCGGUACAUCUUCAUUACAAACAACUAACACAAGAAAUGAUGAUAAUGCACCUUUAUAUUCAAUAACAUUUAAAGAAGCUGAUUGUUACUUAUAUAAUCCAAGUAUGCAUCUUUAUGAAAUAUUCAAUGUACAAUUUUCAUUUCGUACAUCACAAGAAGAUGGUUUAUUAUUGUUUAAUUCAAAUAAACAAGGAAUUGAUUUUAUAAUGUUUGAAUUAAUUAAAAGUUAUUUACAUUUUGCAUUUGAUAUGGGUAGUGGUUCUCAACAUUAUGCUUUGACAAUGUAUAAAGUUACUGAUUCUAGAUGGCAUCAUGUGGAAUUAAGUAGAAUAGAUUUAGAAAACAAUACUUUACUAUUAUACAUUGAUCGAUACACAUUCAAUGAACAAUCUAUAAAGAUCCCUGUUAUUAGUGGUGAUAUUUCAAGAAAUUUCAAUUUGAAUGAUCCACUUUUUAUUGGAGGUAUUUCACAAUACACUUUCUUGAAAUGGAGAGAAAAAUUAAAUUCAUAUCAUGGAUUUCAGGGAUGUUUCGGUAACUUCUCUAUAAAUGGUUUGCCUGCUUACAAUUUGUUAGAUAGAGCUAAACAAAAGUAUACUUUAAACUGGACUGUUCCAGUGUGCUAUGAUCAAAUUAUUCCAGGUUGUUUUGAACGUCCAAGUUAUGCUCUAAAUUGUAAGGAAAUUCAAAGAUAUCCUAAACAUCAUACUAUGAAAAGAGAUGAAAGGAAAGAAAAUUUAAACAGUCGACGGUCGAAACCAUAUUGUUUAAAUGAUGGUUUGUGUUUACACUCUUGGAAUACGAAUAAAUGUGCUUGUGAGUUAACAUCAUUCGAAGGAGUUCGAUGUACAAGAGCCGGUACAACUUUCCUAUAUGGUUUCAAUCAAAAUCAAAUGAUCAAUAUCACUGUUAAUAACUGGACUUUGACAACAAUCAGUGAAACUAUAGGUUACUUACGUUUAAUAUAUAAAGAUCAUCUAAGAAAUACAAGACAAGAUGAAUUUAUACUUGGUAUUCAAAUGCUUCCAAUGAAAAUUGACAGUAAAUCAAGUCAUUCUAUUUCCACCAUAGCAACUUUAUUAUUUAUUACAAACCUAAAACAAACAGGUGACUUUAUACAUUUAUUUUUAGAAUCAAAUAAAUUAAAACUUAAUUAUGACAUGGGUGGAGGUAUCAUUCAUAUUAUUGGUCCUAAUUUAUCAGUGAAUGAUGGAUUUUACCACAGAAUACGUGGUUAUCGAGUGGAUCAUCAUGUUAUUCUAGAAGUGGACAACAUAAGACAAUUGUAUGAAGUGAAUAGGACGUAUGGUAGAAGCUUCAAUAAUCAAGAGGUAAUUUGGAUUGGACACGCACCAAUACUGAACAAAACUGAUAUGUUUCAUGGAUAUAUGACAGGUGUGUAUUAUAAUGGUCUGUUGUUGAAUGACCUAGCUGCUGGUCUGUCAUAUCUACCAUUUAUUCAAGUGGAAAGAUUUGGGAAAGUUGAAUAUGUGCCCACGUUUCAACCGCUUUUUGCUAUAUCACGUUCAGUUGAUGAGUCAUUAUCAUUUGAGUCGAAAAAUGUUGAUAUUCAAAGUUCAUCAAACAUUCCAGCUGACAGUGCAACAACAUAUAUCAGUCAAGAUGACUACAACAACAAAGAUUUAAUUACAGAUAUCUUAGAAAGAUCAUCACAAAUUUCACAGACUACUGAUUCCAUUUCGGGUUUUUCAUUGUCUAAUUUCCAAAAUUACACCAUUAUUAUUUCGAACGAAUCACUGAAUAAUAAUAAUCAUACACAUAAUACCAACCAAUAUCAAAUGGAUCGUAAAAAAGGGAAUCCAUACAUUCAAUUAAAGGGCGUUAAUAAACAAAUUAAUAUAUGGUUGUUAGUUUGUUUAACUAGUAUUAGCCUUGUGUUAUUCAUCUUUCUCACAUUUCUAGCAUAUAAAUGUCACUAUACUGAAUAUUUAAAAAAUCAGCGUUCAUAUCCAAGAAAAAUUAUACCUGACAGACAACACCAUCAAUGUUCUUCACGUAAAUCUGUAGAUACUAAUCAUAGUCCAACUGAUCAUUCAUUAAAAUUAAAUGAUAUACAUUCCAAUAUAGUCCCGAAACAUUUCGAAGAUUAUACAGAUCAAACUAUUUCAUCAUUAAAUUAUACCCCUACAUUAUCAUGCAGUCAAAGAAACCCAUCUGUAUCCACUUUUAAACCAACUUCUUUGAUUUUUGUAAAUGAAUCCGUUAAUCUUCCAAUCAAUUCAUCAAUGACUGAAAACAAGUGUAUAAUACAUAACAAUCCUAUAUCACAUAUAUGUCAUAUCAAUGUAAAUAAAGUUCUAAUAGAUGAUUCAGAAAAAUGUACAUUAUCACCUAUUGAGGUUAAUCUUGACUGAACACUAGAUUUAACUUAUGAUUAUAAGAUUAGUUCAUUCUAAACAUACCUAGUGCAUUUCAUCGAUAGUCAAUGAACCAUUCAACAUUGAUUUUAUCAUAUAUACAAGAUGUCAAUAUAAUCAUAUAUAUGAACUAUGCUAGAACUGUACAAAAACAUUCCCGUUUAUCCCCAGUUUUGUAUGUGGAUCAUCCAAUCUUUACACAUGAUAACAAGUGAUGCCAUAUUAUUAUUAUUUCAUGAUCAGAUGUAUAUUUCUACAGCAUUACUGUUGGGGAGGGGGUUUACGAAACUAGCUUAGAAUCCGAAUAUGGCGUUCAAAUCAACAAGACGUAACAAUUACCAGAAAAGUAAUAGUUGAUUGUUCUGCAUUCAGUCAUAGAUACGUGCAUCAUAUAUGACAUCAUCAUGUGAAUAAAUUAGGCUAACAAUUUGAUAUGAACUAUAAAUAAAUAAAUAAAACCUCAGAAAAAUUGUAAAUUAUAUUCUAUUACAUAAUCAAGAUAGAACUGAACAAAAUGAACAUUUUCAUUGGUUUACAUUCAUGAGAUUUUGAAAUUCCUUCAAAGAUAUUUGGCGACAUUGAAUGAUGAAUCGAAGAAAUUUCUUAUAAUAAACUUUUAUUAAAAUAUACUAUCAUAAGCAUUGUAAUGUAUUACUAUUUAAUUUAUACCAUAUUAAACAUAACAAAGAUCUAAAUUCACUUGG